AUGGUUCAAGUUAAAAUUGAAAACAAACCAGUUAGCAUGGAACUUGAUACUGGGGGAACAGUUUCGGCAUAUCAGUUUGAUAUUGUGUAUCGAAAUACCAAGGAACACGGUAAUGCUGACUGCCUGUCGCGCCUGCCUCUUAAGUCCGAAGAUUUAAGCAUUAAGGAUGAUGUUGAAAUAUUCCAACUCUCCCAAAUUGAAACUCUUCCGGUAACAGCUAGGGAGAUAGCUCGGGAAACGCGAGCUGAUGAAGAAUUAAAUAGUCUUUAUAUGAAAUUAAAAUCUGGAGAAAGUUUGGAAGGUAGGGAAGCAGAGUACACCUUACAAGAUGACUGUAUAAUGAGUGGUCAGAGGGUAGUUGUUCCGAAAAAACUCCGAGUUAAAAUUCUCGAAGAGUUACACCAAGGACAUUUAGGAAUCGUUAAAAUGAAGGCAAUCGCCAGAUCCUACGUCUUUUGGAAGGGAAUUGAUCAUGAUAUUGAAGAAGUUUCGAGGAACUGUGUCGAUUGUAUUAAGUUCAAAUCAGAUCCAGUAAGGGCAAGGGUCCAUCACUGGGAAUAUCCAAGUGCGCCUUGGGAACGCAUUCACGUAGAUUUUGCAGGCCCUAUUUUUGAACGAAUGUUCUUGAUUAUCAUUGACGCACAUUCUAAAUGGCUAGAAGUGUAUACCUUAAAGUCAACAAAUUCCUUUCAGACAAUUGAAUGUUUGAGAGACUGUUUUGCAAGAUACGGACUGCCUUUAGUAGUAGUGAGUGACAAUGGUCCUCAGUUCACAUCGGGGGAAUUUGAAACUUUUAUAAGGAAUAAUGGAAUUAAACACAAAACGUGUGCUCCAUUUAAACCAGCAAGUAACGGGCAAGCAGAGCGGUACGUUUACACCGUUAAACAAGCAUUACGUGCAAUGCAAGGUUAUCCAGGAAAUAUUAAGCAAAAAACUUGCCAUAUUCCUCAUGAAUUAUAG